CCGCAACGCUCGAAUCGAGAAAUUGAAAUCGCGCGCACGGAACGGAUCCGUAGGCGAUUUCGAAGCGGCUCGCGGAACAGCGUGUGACCGCGAAGUGUGAUUCCUCGUCUCGUGGACCGCCGCUGCACGAUCUUGCUGCUGCUGCUGCUGCUGCUGCUGACCCGCAGCGACCUUGUACCGCGCGCCGAGAGAUCUCGUGAACCCCACGUCCCCUGACUGAAGAUCCGUCUCUUUCCCGGACGAUCGGCUCCAACCGGUUCGUCUUAGGAUUCCGGCCGCUCUCAGAAUAUCGGUGACACGUCCCCGACGUCAGAGAACAAACCGAUUGUACAAAAUGCCGGAUACUUUCACACGGAAGUCGAUUUAACGUCGCUUCAAGAUGUAUACCGAGUGGCAAAAGGGUGAAUUGGUGUGGUUCGACCCUGGUGUCGGCCACGUGCUGCCAGGCGAGGUGCUGGAAUACCACCGAGCUGCCAAUGUACUUUCGGUGCAAGCGGUUAUCGCCGGCAAGCCGCAAGUCUUCACUCUUACCAACCUAAACGGAGUCAAGCCCAGGCAGGACUUGGGUCAAAAUGGGGUGGAAGAUAUGAUUCAGUUGACGGACUUGAACGAGGCAUCGUUAUUGUGGAACUUGAAGAUUCGUUACGACAAAGAAUUAAUUUAUACAUACACAGGAAGUAUCCUGGUCGCGGUGAAUCCGUACAAAAUGUUCGAUAUUUACGGAUUGGAUCAAGUGAAGCUCUACGAAGGGCGGAUCCUUGGGACACUUCCACCGCAUUUAUUCGCCGUGGGCUCAUCCGCGUACAGCCAGGUGACUGCGGCCAACAAUUCCAGUGCCAAUCAGGUGGUCGUCAUUUCCGGCGAGUCUGGCUCGGGAAAGACGGAAUCUACGAAACUAGUGAUGCAAUAUCUCGCGGCGGUCAAUCGCGCGCCGAAUAAUCUGGUCACCGAGCAAAUACUGGAAGCGACGCCGCUCCUCGAGAGCUUCGGGAACGCUAAAACGCCGCGGAACGACAACAGCAGCCGCUUUGGAAAGUACUUGGAGGUUCACUUCAGAGACGGUGCGAUCAUAGGUGGUAGGAUAACGCAAUAUCUGCUAGAAAAGAGUAGAAUAGUAACUCAAGCUUCGGAGGAGAGGAACUACCACGUGUUCUAUGAACUUCUAGCUGGGCUUGACCAACAACUCAGGGAUAAAUACGGUCUUCUUACGCCGGACAAGUAUUUUUAUCUGAAUCAGGGUGGAAACUGCGAGAUCGACGGCAAAAGCGACGUUCAGGAUUUCAAGGCGCUACUAUCGGCCAUGCAAGUCCUAGGCUUCACGUCCGAGGAGCAGGACACCAUCUUUAAGAUUCUAGCCAGUGUACUGCACUUGGGUAACGUGUACUUUCACCGGAAGCAAAUGAGGCACGGUCAGGAAGGAGUGGAAGUCGGUUCCGACGCUGAAAUACGCUGGGCGGCGCACCUCCUUCAAGUAAAUUCCGAUGGCAUCAUCCGAGCGCUAACUACGAAGACAACGGAAGCGAGGAACGAGCGAGUCUUUACAGCUUUGAACAUUGACCAGGCUCUCGACGCCAGAGACGCCUUCGCGAAAGCUCUGUACAGCUCGCUAUUUUCGUGGCUGGUAGCGCGCGUCAACCACAUCGUCUACAAGGGCACGAAGCAGACAGCGGCCAUCUCGAUCCUCGACAUCUUCGGCUUCGAGAAUUUCACGGAGAACAGUUUCGAGCAGCUGUGCAUCAACUACGCGAACGAGAACCUGCAGUUCUACUUCAACAAGCACAUCUUCAAGCUGGAGCAGCAGGAAUACGCCAAGGAGAAGAUCGACUGGACCACCAUCAAUUACACGGACAAUUUGCCGGUUAUUCACUUGAUAGCGAAGAAACCGGUGGGCAUUCUUCAUCUGCUGGACGACGAGAGCAACUUCCCCAAGGCGACGGAUCUUUCCUUCCUGGAGAAGUGCCAUUACAAUCACGCGCUAAGCGAACUCUAUUCGAGGCCUAGAAUGAGCUCGGCGGAGUUUGCAAUCCGACAUUACGCUGGCCAGGUCUGGUACAACGUGGAGGGCUUUUUGGAUAAGAACAGGGACACCUUGAGGCCGGAUGUUGUCGAGUUGCUGAUCAGCAGCAAGAUCUCGAUGGUCAGUAAGAUGUUCCAGCACGUGAGAACUACUCAUGAGGCUAAUAAGACGAUGAACAAGCCGAAUGGCAGAUUCGUCACGAUGAAGCCGAGGACACCGACCGUUUCGGCACGGUUUCAUGACAGUCUCCAGCAGCUCCUAGAUUCCAUGUCCCAGUGCAACCCGUGGUUUGUCCGCUGCAUCAAGCCGAACACGGAGAAAGCUCCGAUGAAGUUCGACAUGCCGUGCGUGCUUGAGCAACUGAGAUAUACGGGAAUGUUGGAGACGAUCCGCAUCAGGAAAACCGGCUACCCGGUACGUCUUUUGUUCGGACAUUUUGUGGACCGGUACCGAUACCUUGUCUCGACGCAUUUGCCGAGGGGGGCGCCUAACAAGGAGCUCUGCAGGAUUAUUUUGAGUAAAGCGGCGCCAAAGGAGGCUCAAUCGCAGUAUCAGCUCGGGCUCACCAGGGUAUUCCUACGGGAGUCGUUGGAGAGAGCCUUGGAGUACAACAGAGCGUUGAUUCUGGAGAGAGCAGCCAUCACGGUUCAAAGAUAUACGAGAGGCUUCUUGGCACGCAGAAGAUUCCUCAACAUCUCCCGCAGCACGGUGCUGAUACAAGCUGUGUAUCGUGGCUAUCGCGAGCGGAAGCAGUUCCGCGCGAUGAAAAAGGGUGUCCUGAUGGCGCAGAAGUUGUACCGCGGUAGGAAGCAGCGAGACAGAUUCAAGGUGUUGAAGGAAGAGAUGACGAAGAGAGCGGAAAUCGAACGAGCCAGUAAGGAGCGCGCGAAGGCAAAACAGCAACGAGAGGAGCAAGAGAGAACGUCGCGAGCUGUUGCUGGUGUAAACCACUUGGAAAUUCCCGCAGAAUUAGCCUUUAUCUACAGUAAACUCGAUGAUUGGCAGCCUACGCACUCUGAACGAAACCUCCUUAAGGUCGUCGGUCAAGUCGUCCCGAUGAAUUACAAUUACAACUUGCCAUCUGACAUCGACCAGUAUCAGUUCUCAAAGUUUACGAACAUUUACUUCAAGAGUCACAUCUUCGGGAUGAAGCGGGAGCCAAUUAAGACGCCUUUCCUAGCAAAGGCUCGUGAUCAGGAUUACACGGACUCCCUGAUGAUUUUCAAGAUGAUCUUACGCUUCAUGAACGAGAACAAUCUCAGCGGUAAGCGAGAGCAGGCAUUGGGCGACUAUAUUGUUAACAAGGGCAUCGUGAAUGAGAAGCUGAGGGACGAGAUAUUGUGCCAAUUAGCAAAUCAGACCUGGAAAAACGAGAACGACGCUAACAAGGAAAGAGGAUGGCUGCUGCUGUCCAAUUGCUUGUCAGCCUUCCAGCCUAGUGCUACCCUCUUCAAGUAUCUUCUCAAGUACGUCUCGGAUCACGCCUACGACGGCUACAAAGCGUACUGCCAACGCAAGUUGCUGCAAGGUGAAAGAACGGUGUACCGUGUGAUGAAUAAUAAUCAGCAAACAGUGCACCAAGUACCCAGGAAUUACCCACCGUGUGUGCUAGAAUGGCGAGCCAACAGGAAUCGUGUAAAUAUAGCGUUGAAUGUUGGCUUCUACGACGGCGAGACAACUACCUGCGCGAUUGAUUCUUGGACGACAUGCGAAGAAUUGGCUAAUCUCGCGAUACAGAAUCACGGGGUGGAAAACAACGGCUGGACGAUCACGCUCUGGAAUCAACUGGACGGUCCAGACGCCAUCGUGACGGAGACCAAUGGCUUCGAUUACGUUCUAGAUUUGAUCUCGGAGAUGGAAUUGGCGCCGGCUUUCCCAGCUGCUAAGCACAUGUUUUUGGAGCAACGCAAGAACAGCCUGCCGCCUAUAAAGAAACGAGAACACGCCCAGGUAAUUCGGGAAUUGGAACAAGAGAUGGAAAUCCCUGUCCUAAAGACCUUCCAACCUCUGGAAAGAAAAUCAGUGCCAAAAGUAGUCGAUAAGCCUGUUGAACCAGAAAUUCAGACACCUAGGCGACCGAUUGUCCCUCCGCCACAACCACCUGUUGCAAAACCACCCGUACGAAAGCAAUCGCACGAGGUUAUUUUAGAGACCACAAUGGAGACAGGGUUGUCGAGGAAAUCCGCCUUGAACGACCGAUACUUUGAAAAGGAGAAGCAGCGCAGCCGAAGCUUGGACAACUUACUUCAACCGGAAGUCGUACCUUCGCCAGUGAAGCUCGCUAAUCUUGGGCUGUCCUCGUCCAAACUGAACGAGCGGUAUCAUAGCCUGGAGAGGAUUGGUGAGACUUCGGCGGUCAGUAAUGUCGAAUACAUGACUCGCAAUGAGAUCGCGCAAGAGAGAAAGUACAGCAGGAUUACAAGGACAACGGAGCCCAAUAUCGUCGAAGAGGAGGACCUCACACUCGACUUUGAGUAUCCAGACAUCCAGUCCGUCAGUCAAACCGGCAGAUCGGAAGACGACAAGAGCAGCUACAUCAGAUCGCAAACCAGAUUCAUCAAAUCGCAAUAUCCCGGCAAACGUGCACUGCCGGGAAGCCAGUCUAGUCGCGCGUACAUCGAAAAGAGUGAAUAUGGUGUGAAAUCAUCAGCCAUGUCCGACACCAGCGAGGCACCGUCUUUGGCAUCACACGUACGCCGCGUUAGAGUGCCCAGUCAAGCUUCCGAUGUGGACCAGUUUCUGGACGAGCUUUUUAUGCCAGUUCUAGACGGUAAUCUUGACGAACUGUCGGAUGCCCGCAGUUUGGCCGCUUCGAUAAAAGGUUCACGGGACACUAGACCGUCUGGCAGCCAAAUAGUGCUUGAGGAUGUGCAGGAAAUCGAUCGUCGAACUAUCGAACCAGCUACUACCGAUGACUUCGUCGAAAGUAUGAUGGCAGGCGAUAGUGCUGAAGACAUCAGCGCGGCUGAAUUAUCGAAGAGAAUCAAGGGAGGCGGCAAUAUGGACAUUCCCAAUCAAAAUGCAGCCUUCAACUUCAGUCCUAUCGCUCAGAGUAUGAUGUCUCCACCCAUGAUGAUGCCGAUGUUCAGUCCUGCUCAACAAGUCCCAGCCACUCAGAAUACCAGCAUGAGCAUGGGCGCAGGCUUCAUGCCUAUCCCGAUCUACAGCAUGCAGGGUCUCAGUCUGCCACAAUAUCCCAAUUCACCGCCCAGCCAAAACAACGACAUGAUGGCGUACCAGCAGAACCUCCAGCGAGCUUUCCUGCAGAGCGCAAUGGCGCAAAACAUUCAAAUACAGCAGCAGCUAUUGGCACAGAAUCAAGCUCUGCAACAGUUGUUGGUCCAGAGCCCGCAGAAUUCAACACAGCAACCGAGCACGGUGUUACCCGCUGGCCCCUCAAGCAUGAAUCUUGUCCCCCCAGCCCCCCCAAUCGGUGCCCAAACGGGGCCCAAUGAUUCUAUCGGACGCUACUCCAAGGUCUCAUUUAGAGAACCCGAUGAUGGUGAAUUAUGGUCGACAGAGAAAAGGGGGACACCAUUGCAAUCCACGCCAACGAGUCAACGACAAGAAACAAUGACGGUGAAGGCGCAAAUUCACAGAUCCCAAAGUCCACUUAGAAAGAAUUCCGAGGCUACACGGAAGACGAGCGUUGAUUAUGCACGGAAGAUCAGUGUGGAUCGCAAGACAACGGACAGAAAGACGUCCUCGGGACAAACGGAACUCAAGAGAACCAGCUCAAGUAAGAGUAACGUGCAGAGCAACUUUACUAACGUGCUCAGCGAGCUGAAGAACAGGAAAAGCAGCGUGGACAGCAAUUUCUCCAGUUCAAGCAACAACAAAGGUGUCCCACCACCCCCACCGAUGCCUCCGCCUUUAGAAUCUCACGAUCCUUCGGAGUCCAGGCCGUUCCUCGAUCCGUACGGAAGGGCGAAAACUGUGCGCAUUGGAAAAUGGAGGUGGCCGCCGCCCAGCGACUCUAAUGAGAAUCAAGGACAAGACAGUUUUAUAGAAUUCAAAAUGCGUCAGCAGCAACAACAGCGUAAGAUAACUCCGCAAUAUCAGGAAUACGAUCAAGGGGAAGGCGAACCAGCGACAGAGGGCGGCGUCGAAUGGGAAGAAUUCGAGAUCGAGAAUAUAGUUACCAACGAUGUCGCUCAUCCACCAGCGAGUACGACCAAGCAUGAAAACGGAUACAAGGAAGAAGGAGAAAAGAAGAAGAAGAAAUCAAAAUCGGCCUUGGAAGUAGGUGCACAGAGGCCAUCACCGGGAAGCAUAGGCAAAUUGAAGCUCAGCUCGGAGAUGAGGCAAAGAUUGGAAAAGGUGACAGCAAAUCAUAGUGUGAGAUCCACGAAGACGGCUGAGAAGCCAGCUCUUCCGCGAGAGGACGGGAAGGUUAAACGCUUAGAGGAUAACAGAAAGCUCCUGUUAGAGCAGCAAUUGGGUGGUAGAUGGGACGAUUAUUCUUCUACUGUCGACGACACCCAAAGCGUCACUUCCAAAGGCACAACUGAUAUGAUGACACAAGCUCAGGUUGUGAGGACACAAAUCGAGAGAAUGGAACGACCUGUACCGCCUCCACCACCCGUUACUCCGCCACAACCUCCGAGUCCAAGAGGUGGAAGUGUUUACAGCAACAGUUCACUCGUUUGCAGUCAAUCCGGUGUGCCUCAGCCGCGAUCACCACCAACGCCGAUCGAGCCGAAAAGCCGUGAUUCCUUCCGUACGUCCCCUGACUCCGAGGCUUUCGAUCACUUUCCGAAGAACCAAAUGUUCAGCCAAAGCCGCGAUAUCUUUGCUUCGCAGCAGCAUCUGCGCGACAACCAUGAUUACCGAAGCGACUUCGAGAAAGCUCGCGCUCAGGACGCUAAGUCUAAGGACUUCUACGGGAAGGACAGUACCGACCUAGCGAGCUCGACGCGCGAUCGUAAUUCCGACUUCGAUUCGCGUCGCGACUUGAAUUCCGAAAUCUUCGAUUCCAAAUACGCGUUCGAUGGCUCAAAUGGUAAACGCGAUCCCUUCAGCAUGACCCGAGAUGUGUCUCCCAAAUCACGAGACAGCUUCGGCAUGCCGUCGCCGCGAGACUUUGGUGUCGUCCCGAAUACGAGGGAAUCCUUUACUGUCGCGCGACAAAGCUUCAAGAAGCUAGAUCGGGAAGCGGACAGACGAUCGAGCGUGGCCUCGACCCACCGUACCGACAAGAUGGAAAGAAUUGAGAUCGAAGAGUGGCCGGAAUUUCUCAAGCCGGUGUUACCACCUGCUGAUAAGCCGGAGAUCGAGAAAGUCCAGGAAGUAGUGAACACUAAACUCUACCCGCAGACUUCGAACGCGCAUUUCACGUACAACAGAGUCACGUGGACGUUGAGGGUGAAGAAGGAGGUGUUUGCACCUAAUGAAACAUUGAACAGUCCUUUGGCGUUGCACUUGGUGUUUUGCCAAGUCGCGUACGAUGUAUUGGCGACCUCCAGUAUACGGAUUACCAAGGAAGAUCGACAAAACAUGUUGAAGAUGUUGGAUAACUACGGUGUUACGCUGGACAAUCUCCAAAGCACGCAACAUAAGAUCACAAUCAAGAAGAACAUUGUGGACAUGGCGAAGCAGUGGCCGUUGUACUUUGCCAGGAUAUUUCCCGUGUCGAUCGGCCCGCAACACCCAGAAACGCAGCACGUGGCGGUGUCGCAUCACGGACUCCGACUGAUCAAACGCACAUCCAACGGGGAUCUAAUAAUCCUGGAGACCCUGCCGCUGGAGGACAUCGUCUCCGUGAAUUCCUCCAGGGCGGGCGUGUGCGUAUUGCAGAUCGCGUCGGGAGUCAGGCUGCCUCUGCACACCAAUCGCGCCCCGCAGUUGGCAGAGAUGAUCGGCAGAUACAUCAAACUGAUCGAUCAGAAACCACCCCAGAAGGCUAACCAUCACGAAAAUCAUGUAUCUCAAAUCACGAAAACUAUCCAAUCGCAGGCGAAUCACGCCUCCGCGAACCACAUCCAGCCUCACAAUCAUUCUAAUCACGUAAUUCCCGAGCACGAGAACCAUGUGCCGCUCGGUCGCGUGCCCAACCAUGUGUCAGCUGUCAAUCAGGCGAACCAUCAGAAAAACCAGCAAAACCAGCGACUUAGCCCGAGCCAAGAGUGGCGGCAGCAGGAUGACAACGUCAGACUCCAGGAGGAUAGCAUUUACGAGACCGGAACGGUAGUCAACGAUGGCAAACACUCCCUGUUGCAGUACGCCAUGUUGAAUUUUCGUCAGAGCACAGAAAAAUUCGAGAUGUUGAAGACCGCGGACGGGUCAAUCAGCGGCUCUCUUAAAGUGAUCGAGUCGCUGAAGAACAAGAAGAAGAACAAGAAAGGCAAAGGCCAGCAAGAUGGCACCGAAUGGACCUGGAAGGAGCAGGUGGACCUUGUCAAGUACUCCACUAUCCCCAUCGAGCAGAGUCUACUCAGGCUAGACGCGGACCUGAGCGCCUUAGCCGUGGAAUGUUUUUUGUGUCUGAUGAGAUACAUGGGAGACCAGCCAUUGCCGCCCGAAACCAGUGAAGUGAAAUGUGUCUACACUAUCCUGAUGCACUGUCACAAGUACGAGCAGCUGCGCGACGAGGUUUACUGCCAGUUGAUGAAGCAGACUACCAAUAACAAAAGUCCGAAUCCAGAGAGCUGCCAGCGGGGCUGGCGAAUCUUCAGCAUUGUCGCGGCCUAUUUCACGUGCAGCGAGGGUCUGAGGCCUUACCUGACGAAAUACCUGGAGACGGCGGCGUACGACAAGCGCCGCGCCUAUCACGGCACCGCGACGGUCUGUCUGCAAAAUCUCCGGAAGACUGUGAAAUACGGCGGACGUAAAAACGUGCCCAGCGUCGAGGAGAUCAUGGCGAUCAGCGCGGGCAGAAACGCGAAGAGGCAGAUUUAUCGGCUACCUGGCGGUACCGAGAGAGUCAUUAACACGAAAUGCACGACCGUCGUGCAGGACGUUAUUGAGGAGAUGUGCAACGUCAUCUCUGUGAGAAAUCCCCACGAGAUGGAUGAGUUCUCAUUAUACUGCAUCGUUGAUGGUGACGCGUUUACCAUGCCGUUAGCCAGAGACGAGUAUGUCUUGGAUGUGACCACGGAACUUCACAAAAAUCACCAAGUGUUCUAUUUAAUAUUUUGCAGGUCUGUUUGGUAUUAUCCCUUGCGACUGGACGCAGCGUUGUACAUAGAAGUUGUAUUCAAUCAAAUUGCUCCUGAUUACCUAGAAGGACUUCUACUUGUCCUACCAGGAGAACACUUACCUCAAGAAGUAAUCUAUGACAUGGCGCAAAUCGCGGCGUUACUGCAUAGAGCAGCUGACAUGACACAUGAGCCUGCGACAAAGGAGAUUAAAUACUUACUGCCAAAACCAGCGCUCAGCUUGAGAGAACCGAGGCCACAGCAAUGGUCCAAUAUGGUUCAACAAGCUUGGAGUAACGUUCAGCAUUCCUCGGCGGCUGUUUGCAAGGCGCAAGUGCUCGAAAUAUUAUCCAAGUGGCCACUUUUCGGCUCGAGUUUCUUCGCGGUAAAGAGAGUACCCGAAGGCAAGGAGAAGGGUGCUGAUCAUAUUCUGGCUCUCAAUCGACAUGGAGUACACUUCAUAGAUCUAAUAACGCAUGAGACACUGUAUCAUUACCCCUAUUCCGAGGUAAUUUCUACCAGAAAAGUCAAGUCGGAGGAGGGCACGCUUUAUCUCGACAUGAAGUGCGGCAAUCUGAUGCAACAGCGUAUCACCAGAUUGCAGACGGAGCAGGCCCAUGAAAUAUCCCGUCUAAUCAGACAGUACAUAACUAUGGAACAAAGAACGUCCAAUACUCAAGGUGCCGGUAUCGGUCUCGGCAUGAGAUAAGCUUCUUCGUUACGCGACGUCCUUCCUUCACGACCGACAUCUGCUUCGGAUUAACUAAUUCGCAGGGUCGUAACAAGUAGAUUAAGUCCAACGGCCAAAUGUUAAUGUUGAGGAAGCCCUGAAGACCCUGCGUGGAAUCUGCCCGAUAGCUUACAUUACGUGACGAUCUUAACAUGUGUAGAAGUAUCGGCUUUAAUGUGUGUUUAUACUA